GCGGCAGUUUGACGCCAAUAAAAUUCCCAUUAUUUCAGCCUACAAAAAACUCUCUUCGCUUCUUAUCUCUCUGUCUUUGAAUUGUUUUGGAUCGUUGAAAUCGAAUCAGAUCAAAUCGAGAGAUCAUGGGGCUUAGUUUUACGAAGCUGUUCAGCAGGCUGUUUGCUAAAAGGGAAAUGAGAAUUCUGAUGGUGGGUCUGGAUGCAGCUGGUAAAACCACUAUUUUGUACAAGCUCAAGCUUGGUGAAAUUGUCACCACUAUCCCUACCAUUGGAUUCAAUGUGGAGACUGUGGAAUAUAAGAACAUCAGCUUCACAGUUUGGGAUGUUGGAGGUCAAGACAAGAUUCGUCCUUUAUGGAGGCAUUACUUCCAGAACACUCAAGGCCUCAUAUUUGUGGUGGAUAGUAAUGACAGGGAUCGUGUUGUUGAGGCAAGGGAUGAGUUGCAUAGAAUGUUGAAUGAGGAUGAACUGAGAGAUGCCGUCUUGCUUGUAUUUGCAAACAAACAAGAUCUUCCCAACGCAAUGAAUGCUGCAGAAAUAACUGACAAGCUCGGGCUUAACUCUCUCCGUCAACGCCACUGGUACAUCCAGAGUACUUGUGCAACAUCAGGAGAGGGCCUUUAUGAGGGGCUCGAUUGGUUGUCUAACAACAUUGCUAGCAAGGCUUGAGAAAAAACUCGAAGAUUUUGGUGUGCGUUUCUGGGAAGCCAAGUUCACGUUUUGUUCGGAGAGAUUGCGAUUGUAAUAGCAGAAUGUUGAUUUAGAUAUGCAUAAAUACAAUAUGGAUGUGUGCAAUCUGUCUUUAGCUAGUAAGUAAAUCUUGAAAACAUAAUUAUGAAUGACUAUAAUGCUUUGUUUGCGAGUGGUAAA